AUGAAUAGAAGUCUUCAUCUUCAAACCUCACCAGUGCAACAACAAAUGAUGGCUGGAAACCCUAAUAACUGGUGGAACCCUCCUGCAGCACCUGAUCAUCUUCCACCUCCUUCCAAUUACUUUCCAACUCCUUAUCCUCUUCCUCUUCCUUCUUGGCAUGACAAUCAACAUCUUCCUGAUAACUCAUGGACUCAACUACUCAUGAGCGGCGGCGUGGUGUAUGAAGAAGAUAAGGAACAAGUUAUGCUAACUCAGCCUCCUCUUAGUGCUUCUUCUCUUGUUGAUCAUGUAAAACAUGAAAGCUCAGUGAACAACUAUGUCUAUGGAAAUGAAGAGUUUCAUGGAACAACAAAUUCUACUUGGUCUCAAAUAGUGUCGGUGCCGUCUUCUUCUUCCUCCAAAUCCAACAUGUUGGAUUUCUCUAACAGUGCAAGAUCUCCAUCAUCAGAUCCAUCUUCUGAUCAGUGUAAUAGUGGUGCAGCUGGUGGGGCAUUGAAGAAAGCUAGGGUUCAACCAUCUACAACUCAAUCUACCUUCAAGGUUAGGAAGGAGAAGUUAGGUGAUAGAAUUACAGCCCUUCAUCAACUUGUUUCUCCAUUUGGAAAGACUGACACAGCAUCUGUCUUAUUAGAAUCUAUUGGUUAUAUAAGAUUCCUUCAUAGUCAAAUUGAGGCACUAAGUUUACCAUACUUGGGAAAUGGAUCAUCAAACAUUAUCAAGAAUCAACAUCAACAAUCUGUUCAAGGUGAUAAAAAUUGUUUCUUCCCGGAACAUCCUGGUCAGUUGCUGAAUGAAAAUUGUUUGAAAAGAAAAGCUGUUAGUGAGGGUUGUGAAGAGGAAGAAGAAAAGAAGGAUUUGAGGAGUAGAGGACUGUGUUUGGUUCCAGUUUCAUGCACAGUGCAAGUUGGAAGUGAUAGUGGAGCUGAUUAUUGGGCACCUGCUUUUGGUGCUGGAUUUCAGUAG